AUGGCUCGGCGAUGGUCGUCGACGGCUGUGAAGCUGACGCUAAUCAUCACCGCCAUCGCAUUGUUACUCUGGCGAAGCCCGUUACAACCCCUCGUCAUCCACUCAGAAAGGUUACUAGAGCCCCCUCCCUCGCAUUCCUCAGCCCCGUUUCCCCUCUCCGCCGCCUCCUCGUCAUCCUCGUUUUCAGCGUCUUCGUUUUCCGGUAGCGAGUUUCCCGCCUUGGCGUCAACGUCUGAUGCGACGACCGUAGGUCCGAACAGGCGACUGCUUUCGUCGUCGCCAGUCGAGAUUGAGAUCCAUGCGACGGAGACACCACACGCCGUGCGACAGUCCGUGCGACAGUCUGCACGACUGGAUGUACGGCAGUCUGAGCGACUGGAUGUGCGACAUUCUGAGCCUCUCACGCAGAGUCAUAUACCCGAAGCCAAACUCGUUAUAAGCACAGCGGCAAGCGUUCUACCGGCUUCCCCGCACAACACUUCCACAUUUUUCGCCGCUUCCCCUCCCCUCAAGCGGAAAAUCUCCCCCCUACUCCCGCACGACCCCGCGCCCGGGAACUGCUCCGCGCCGAUUCACGGUUCCCCCGCGGAGCAGUGCGCCGCCGCGCGCGCGGAAGCCGCCUGCCGCAGCGGCGCGCAGCUGGAAUACCUCCAAUUCUUCUACUGCACGUUUGAAGGAAGCCCGAUAGGUGUCGCGCUGCUGCUGACGUGGCUGGCGGCGCUGAUUUUCCUCCUGGGGAAUGUCGCGGCGGAUUUUUUCUGCCCCUCGUUAGAAGAACUCGCGGAGCUGCUGCGGCUGCCGCCCGCUGUAGCGGGGGUGACGCUGCUGCCGCUGGGGAAUGGCGCGCCUGAUGUGUUCGCCAGUGUGGUGGCGUUUGUGGGAAAAGGACAUCAGAGCCUGGUGGGCUUCAAUGGUGUGUUGGGUGCGGCGUGCUUUGUCUCCACCGUGGUGGCUGGCUCCGUUUGUCUUGUAGCGGCCAGCAAGGCCCCGAGAGUCCAGUUGCACCGAUCGUCCUUUAUACGAGACCUGACGUUCUUCCUCCUAGCUGUCCUGGCCCUGUGUGUGCUGGUAUGGCAGCGCGCGGUGCAUCUACCCCACGCGCUGCUCUUCUUCUCCAUCUACCCUGCCUACUGUCUGGCGGUCGCGCUUUACCACUGCCUGCCAACGCGCGAGCCACGCACCCCCAGAUUCCAGAUCCACCCUUUCCUCCGCUCAGUAUCCCAGGCAACGAUUCCCCACUGGCUGUGGACACACGAGCGAUCGCUUUUCCACUCCCGUCUGCACACCCACCACUACCUCCACCCCAGCAACUACCUCCCCCUCCCCUUCAUCUUCUCCCGGGAGAAUUCGGCCAAUAGCGACGCGCCACCUGGCCACGUGGAGGCCGAGGACGUGACAGCUGGCAGCUGCUCAGUGGUGCUGCCGCCCUGCCUGCUGUCCCCCCCGCUGUCCUCCUCCCCGUCCCGCACCCCCCCUCCCGUGCUCCACUCUACUGCUUCUGCUGAUUUCGCCGGUGCUGCUGAUGCUGAUACUGCUGCGGCUGGUCUUGCUGGUGUUGUGGCUGGUGCUACUCGUGGUGGUGGUAACCGCAUGGCGGCGAGCGUAACGGAUGACUUAAGGGAGCCGCUGUGGGGGUAUGACGAGGAGAUGGAGGACCCUGAGCUGGUGAGUGUCGCUCCGUAUGACGUGGCAAGCCUCUUGGCACAUCGAAAGACCGAAUCUGGUGAAGAGCAAGUGCUAGUUCGCUUUUUCGGCUUUGCAGACGAAGAAGACGAGUGGGUGUCGGCUCGUCUCUCUGUCCGCCCGCGCUCCCUCCCCUGCGAGGGCUCCGAGUGUGUCGCCGUGCUGCCUGGGGACGUGGUGCUCUGCUUCCAGGAAGCUUCCGACCAGGCGCUUUAUUUCGAUGCCGAUGUGCGGGACGUGCAGAGGAGGCGGCAUGACGUGAGGGGGUGCAGGUGCCGCUUUUGGGUCCGGUACCGGCAUGACAACACCGAGGAGGUGGUGCCUCUGCGCAAGAUCUGCCGAAGGCCCGAGACUGAGUAUAGGGUGAAGGCAGCACAGCAGGUGGAUAGGGCGGUGGGGGAGCAGAGGGGAGCAGAGGGGAAGAAGGCGAGUGUGAAGCAGAGCAAAGGGAACUAG